AUGCCCCAUCGUAAAUCCGAGUGUGAUUCAGCACAUCGUCCGGCUAGCGACGGUCCUCCGAUGGACCCCACGCGCGAAAUUCGGUUUCCCACGUGUGGCCUCACAUGGCCUUGUUCCUUUCUCGUGUGCUGUAGAUGGGUUGCCAAGAAGUUGGAGACUUCACGUGGCUUGUCGAGGGCACUUAACUUACCUACUCUCGUUGAAGAGCUAAAGGAACUUAUUUGUAGUGAUGAAACUGCUUUAUCUCUAAGGAUUUGGAGAGAUGAGAUGAUGGAAUGA